CCAUAACUGCUCUCAUUGGCUCGGUCACAUUCUUAAGGGAGAUUUAGAAUAAAUUAAUGUAAUUUUGACACUACAGUAACAAGUCAGGACACAAUCAUAAUUCUGCAACCAGGGAACAGUGAGAAGAUUUAACUUUCAAAUUUCAUUUAAAAAACAUCCAAUGGAUGAACAUGGAGGCAACCCAACAAACGGAGAAAACAAGCAAAAGACUUACAGCAUGGACUCAAAGAAUGAGAAUGAAGACACAACAGAGGAGACUGAGAACAAUCUGGUGCCUCAUGAAGUGCCAACAGGAGUUCUGACUGUACAUAUAAAGGAUUGCAAAGUGUUUCCAAACAUCUACUUUCAGUUUUUUCUCAGGAUAUCUGUUGGGGGAAAGGAAAAGUGCACCAAGCUUCAAAGCAACAAAGAUGCCAGAGCAGGCAAAGCAGAUUUCUCACUUUGCUUUGAUGAGUGGAAAUACUUCUCCAUUCAGAUACCUGAGCAGAAUUCCAGUGCUGUGAAUCCCAAUCAAAUCAUGGUGGAGCUUCUUUUCUUUGAGCCAGCAGCAAGAGAUCCUAAACCAAUGGGCAGCGCUUUCUUCAAUGUGUUGAAAGUUCUCAAUGAAUCCAUUGUCAGUCACCAGUUUAAUGUGAUGCUCAAUAAGCAGGUUGUUUGCAAGUUAGAUGUUGAGAUGGCCAUAACAUAUGGGUCAUUUGGUUAUGGACACUCUCAUCAGGUGAAGCAUCCUGAAAGGACUGUGGAGGAACAAGUGGAAAAAUCCCUUUUUCCCCGCUGUCCUUCAACCGACAACCUCCAUGAUCCUGACCAUAAUGAAAAAACCACUCAGUCAGACAUUAUUUCUCAUUUGAUUAAAAGAGACAGCCAAGGAGGCAGAGAUCCCAGCGAUCUUAUGGACCAAAUAGAGAAGAGAGGCAGAUCCCCCUUUUGUGGUGCCCCCAGGUUACGCAAGCUUUAUAAAACUCUAGAAAAAUGUGAGAUGAAGCAAGAUGUUGUUCAGUUUCUGGAGAAACUGGUUCUGAGACAGGAGCCCGAAUCCCCCUGGACAACAAACCUGGAAUCAGAAAAGCAACCAAACACAUCAGAUAAAACUUCACCUUAAAAUGAAACAUGCCACAUUCUCCAACAGAAAGAAUCAGAAGACAGAUGAUUAUGAGAAGAUGUGGUGUUUAGAGCAGUUUUUGAUCUCUUACACAAUGUGUGUGAAUGUUUUGCUUAUGAAUGUCUCAAUAAAGACAUCUGGAUAAUAAAUAUUUGUUUUUGUUUUACUUAUAACCUCCAUAAUACCGGAGGCGUGUAGUAACGGAACUAUUCCUCACGGAACGUUUUAAUCUCCGUUUGUUUUUACGGGGAAUGUGCGUCAGUCGAAACGACCCCUUGU